AUGUCUAUUGAACCUGAAGUUCCAUAUGAAAUUACGGACGACUAUGAAGAUGACUGGCGUGAUUCCACUAUUCUCAUGGACAGUCAGUCUGGAAGCGAUGCCAAUAAUGCGCGCUCGACCGUCUAUGAGACCAUGCCUGAUCGUAUUCCGGACGAUCACUGGGUGCUUCCUUCCACGAACUCUUUAAGCGAUAUUCUCGGGACGCGACGCCAACGUUUGGAAGAAAUUCGAUUCAGUACCGGAACGUACAUUGAAUACAAUCAACCAAAACAUCAAGUGGACAUUUGGGGUGAUCGAGUCGCGGUUGAAAAAGCCAAGAAGCAUCUGGAUUUUCUCGCAUCGCAAGCCGCGCUCAACCAUCCUGUGAAGACAAAGACCAGAAAGUGGAGCAAACCUGAGCGAGAGUUGACCGAGCGCGAAAGACAAAAAGCAGAGCGUCGUCUGGCCAGAUUGGCCGAAGAGAAGAGCUACCAGGGCCAACCUCCUACGCCUCAACCCUUCACUGCGAUGUUUGCUCUGCCGGAUCAGUCGGUGCCAAUUCCCAAGCUUCUUGGUGAGAAGGAUUCCUAUUUGAACAGCCUUCGCUCUCAAUGCAAAUGCUACAUGUGGUUCGAUCCUCAGCUGUACGCGAUCAAAAUCGUUGGUCAAGAGGAGCAAAAUGUAAUUCAAGCUACCGCUCGCAUCCGGAAUUGGUAUCUCAAGUGCGCGCGACGUCCUGCCUCUCGCACCCUUCGUCUGUUGAAUCAACCCUCCAACAACGUAGACAUCAAGUUUGGCAAAUUACCACCGAAAUUCGUCACCUACAAGUUUACCAAAGAACAGCAGGAACGAUUCAUGCUCGACAAUCAAUGUCUUAUGGAACCUGUGAGCAAGGGCGUUGUCGACACGAUAAGAGAGCGAUGCGGUGAUUUGAUUGAUUUGGAAGACAGCAAGGAUCAGCCUGCCAAACCGAUCACGACGCUUUCACCCCGUGCGCAAACGCUGAAUGAACGGAACUUGAAAUCCAUUCAGGAUGCUUUGGAAGUCGGUCUCGAGAGCCUUCGUCUGUUUGAUUGGGAGAUCCGCAUGAAGAUUCGCUACGGACAGAUUUGUCUGGUCGACUAUCCGAAGAAGAGCAGUGACCACUUCUUUACUAUUGAGGAACUGUCCGACAAGUACUUUCCCAAACCACAGUUCCGCUCGGUGCUUGCACCUUGCAUCGGCAAAACACGCACGCAGAUGAAGCCUCUUUUCGAAUACCUUACAACUCACUGUGAAGAAUUUGCUGAUUCACCUCGCACAUCAUACUCCAUCAAUGCCAUGCAACAGCCGACCUUCUCACUUCGACCAAUGCGUGGCGAAUCCGUCCCUCCACCUGGGGAACCGUGGAAAACACUGUUGACGGCUCGUUUCCGAUCCGACGGUCAAAUUGGUUUAUGGAACUGCUUAACGCAAUGUCAAGAUUUGGUAUCGAUCAGCUGCGCUGAACUGGAAGGCAAUUAUUCAUGGGAAGCCAAAUUGGAAUACGGUCGACGCUUACCUUCCGAAUCGAAUACCCCUCACGGUCGUUUCGCGGAACAGCUACGUAAAGGACCUGAAAAUCGACUUAUCCUUGUCAAAGUCCCGGAUUAUGAGCCCUUGUUGGUUACACAGAAGACCAAGUGGGUGUAUGGAUGGGGCGAAUAUAUCGUGGAAGUGGGUUGUGAUGAAUUAUGGGAUCUGACUCGUGUUGAACAUAACAAGGCCGGGCUGCCUCUGGAUCUCGGUCAAACGGAGCCGCAUCGUACGUUCUACAAAGUUUCCAUUUACAAAGAAGCUUGGCGUGAUCGAUUUGCUGAAAAUCUUGGACUAAAUAUCGGCGAAGCUCCCCGAUGGACCCCCAUUGAUUUUCUGGCUGCAGAAAAUGAGGAUGUUUCUGUCUUUAUGCAAAUGGCGAAUACCUUUGGAAAUAUCUUGACCCAAGAGGUCCCACUUUAUUGGAAUACGAAGGAUCAAUCUCUUGUUUGA